GGCCGCCUCCUCCAGCGCAGCGCCUCGCCAUGGACUUACACCGCCCCGCUCCGCUUUGCCGCCACGGCCUGGUCCUGUUGCUGCUUGCCGCCGCGGCCCUCUCAAGCGCGGCGGCUGGCGGACCGCAGUGCCCGCGGGUGUGCUCCGCGGCGGGGGCAGAGCCCGUCUGCGGCUCUGAUGGCUUCAUCUACAGCAGCUCCUGCGACCUGCGCAAGAAGACCUGUGGAAAGGGCGUGACGGUGGUUCCCCCCGAGAAGUGCUCGCGGGCAGAGGGCGCCAGCUGCAGCCACCGCUGCGGUCGUGAGAACGAGCCCGUCUGCGGCACCGACGGCCGCACCUACCUCAACAGGUGCAUGCUCCAGGUCGAGGUCUGCAGGGUGGGCAUCCAGCUGUCGCACGUGGGCGCCUGCGGCAACUCGUCGGCGCAGCGCGAGAACUGCCCCGUGUCCUGCGAGAGCGCCCCGGUGGACGGGCCCGUCUGCGCCUCCGACGGCAACGUGUACGCCAGCUCCUGCCGCAUGAAGCUCGCCACCUGCGGGCAGGGCGUGGUACGCGCCGACAAGAAGUUCUGCCAGACGACGCGCCACUGCCGCGAGUCCUGCUGGAGAGUCUCCAAGCCCAUCUGCGGCUCCGACGGCAAGAUCUACAGCAACUCCUGCCGCAUGAAGGCAAAGAAUUGCGGGAAGCACGUGUUCGAGGUGCCGAUGGCGUUCUGCGUGGCGGGAGACCGGCUGGCCUCGCCGUCCUCGGCCAAGGACUGCCCGCUGUCGUGCCAGGGGCAGCCGCUCAAGCCCACCUGCGGCUCCGACGGCGCCGUCUACCGCAGCGACUGCGAACUGCGCAUGCUCAACUGCGGGGCGCAGGGUCGGCGGAAGAUCUCCCGCGUGGACAUCGAGAAGUGCCGGCCGCGCAUCCAGCGCUGCGAGAAGCUCGCCUGCAGCGACAACUCGACCAGGGGCCCCGUCUGCGGCUCCGACGCCAACACCUACGACGACGUGUGCAAGCUGCAGAAGGAGGCCUGUCUUAAAGGAAUACUGAUGGCACAUGUGGGCAACUGUUCUGACCUAACAGCAAAGGAUGAAUGCCCUGAAGAAUGUCCAGAUACUGAGGACAAGCCAGUGUGUGCCUCUGAUGGAAAUGUCUACAGAUCUGAGUGUAUCAUGCGGCGAGAGACGUGUGGACAAAAAGUAGUUGCAGUUCCUCUUCAUCACUGCCGCACAACUGAGCGUUGCAAUGAUAUAUGUGAUGAGGAGAGUGCCUUUGUCUGUGGUUCAGACAAUAAAUUCUAUCGCAAUGAAUGUGAGAUGCGUCGCAGCAACUGUGGGAAACAUGUAUAUGCAGUUCCACUGAAACGCUGCCUGAGUGGCUUUGUCUUCCGUGGUUGUCAGAAGAUCUGUCCACCACAUUAUGACCCAGUAUGUGGCACAGAUGGUAAGACGUACUCCAAUGAGUGCUUCCUCGAACUUGAAAACUGCCGCUCGCGGUCGCUGGUUUCUAAAGCACAUCUUGGGCGGUGUGGGGAACCGAUAGCAUCACCUCCUCGCAACUAUUUAUAUUAAGUCGCUUUACUAUCAUUUACUUUUAUAUACAUCAUACAUAAUACGUCUUAGCACAAAGUGGUCUCUAGCUUUUAAUUGCAAAUUGCAGGGAGAACGAGGCAAACUUUAAUCAGAAAUGUCACUUGGGUGUUGAUUUGUUAGCAAAAUAAUGAAAGACCAUUUUUCAUUUUCUAUCACCUAUGAGCUGUACACAUUAAUAACUUGAAAAUGGUGUGCAAUUUUGCCACACAGGAGAUAAUCUUGCAAAUCAAAACCUCUCUUAGAAAAGUAAUUUACUUAAAUAUAAAUUUUUACCUGCUGCAUUCAAGCCUUCAUAAAUCCUGUAAGUUUCUAUAAAAUAAAGUAUAACAGAGAGUGUCCUGAAGUUAUUCACUAGGGGCUGAAAAGUUAAAUUUCACUUUAAUACAAGAAUUUAAGGAGACUAUCUAUGGCCAUGUCCUGAUAAAACUACGAGGUCCAUCAGCUUUCUCUCUAAAAGUGCACUGCAUUAUUAAAUCACAACAUAUUUAUAUAUUUUGCUUUUGUUUAUUCUUGUUAUGGUCACUCCCAGCAUAAUAAACAAGUCGAAGUAAUUUCAUUUCUUGAGACACAGAAGUGUUGUGUAAAAAUAUACAUCACAGACAACAGGUGGAUAUAAGUUGUUUAUUAACAAUUUCAUUGUUAAUCAUUCUCAGUGCUUUACAGCAUAUUGUAAGUUUAAUGAAAAAUGCCUCUAAUUUAUAUGAACUAUGGCACAUUCCAUGACUGCAAGUAUUGAUACUUUCUUGAUUCACAUUAUGGAAAAGUAAAAAAGUGUAAGAAUAGUUAUGUUUAACAAAUUAUUCAACAAGUAGGAUACUUAACUCAGGAAAUGAUGUUUUAAGAUGAGUACUUCAAAUCAAAUAUUUGCUAAUGUGUACUACGUUUUACAAUGCCAAGACAGUCUAGUUCCUGAAACAAACCCACUUUCUUAGAAAUAUUAUAGUACAGAAAAUGAAUCAAGAGAAGAUUUCUUUCAUUAAGUGACAUAACGGUAGUAUGUAGUAUAAUUUAUAUUAAGACUAUUUAUAAGAUUUAAUUUAUUUUAUUUUCCUUUGCUUGUAAAUACAUAAAGUGUAUGUUCUCAUUAAUGGCAAAUGAUUUAUAAAAUUGUUCCUAAAUUUUUGUUUAUGUUUGUAUACGGCAUUCUUUUGUAACCUAAUUUGCACAACUUGAGAUUUCAAAAAUCUCAUAUUUACUUAUGUAUGCCCUAUAUUUGUCUGUCAUGAUGGUGGAAAACAAGUUUCAGCUGUUUUGAUACUCACUGUACUCUAGAUUAUAGCUUGCAGAGAAAUACAUGAUUUAUAUUUAAUUAGUAUUGCCGCAUCCCAGUAUGGUGCUAAAGAUUAUAACAAUUUUGAGUACUAAGUGACAAUGGCAAUAAGAGUUUGAUGGGCAUCACAGUGCUCUAAAAUUUUUGAGAUGUUGUAGUCGACAAGCCACAUUAUAUGGUAACUCUGGAUUCUGAAUGUUUCAUAAUGAAAUCUAAAAGUGCAUAAAAAUAUCACAAAAAGUGCCUUUGAUUUUCCUACUACAAGAUAAUUCACAAAUGGGGAAUGCAAAAUUGUAUGAGUCAGACUGUAAAUGAAGUGAUAAUGUGAUAAUUUAUUAAUUAAUUUAGUAAGUGAAUGUAAAACAUUUACUCUUUGAAAGUGAAUAUUUCAAUAAUGCUAUGUUUAUGGUCUGCAUUUAUUUUUUUUGAAAUACAUGUAUAUAAACAA